CAUUUCGACUUUUGCAGGCUGGGCGGCAACCAUGGAGGAGAGGACCUGAAUAGGCAAAGAAGAUUAUUUGCAGCAUUUUGGUCCCCAAGACUAUGUGAAAACCUACUACUCUCUGAGCCCGGACAGCUUUGCAGAAAACACCAUUUUAACUUUCUCCCUGAAAAACCUUCACAAGGCCUUCAUUUUGGAUGGCCUUAAGGGAGACACCCUGAUUGAUAUCGGAAGUGGACCCACCAUCUACCAGUUCCUCUCGGCCUGCGAGUCCUUCCGAGAGAUCAUCGCCACAGAUUAUACUGACCAGAACCGGGAGGAGAUGCAGCGGUGGCUGAGGAAGGAGCCGGGAGCUUUCGACUGGAGCUCGAUAGUGAAAUUUGUCUGUGAGCUGGAAGGAGACAGGGAGAAAUGGGUUGAAAAGGAAGAGAAGGUCAGAAGAACCAUCAAGCAAGUCCUCAAAUGUGACGUGACUCAGGACAACCCCCUUGCUCCCUUGGUGGUGCCUCCAGCUGACUGUGUGCUUUCUCUCCUCUGUCUGGAAGCAGCUUGUGAAGACCUGCUCACCUAUAGCUCAGCCGUGAAGAAUGUUGGUUCUCUUGUGAAGCCCGGAGGGCAUAUGAUCUUAGUGACAGCCAUUGAAACAACUUUCUACAUGGUUGGCCAAAAUCGGUUCUUCGGCCUCUACCUGGAGCAGGAGACUGUUGAUGAUGCUGUGAAAGGGGCUGGCUUUGAUAUUGUUUGGGCUAAGAUGGAACGAGUUACUUAUUCAGUGGAUGUGAGCAACAAUCGAGGCAUGUAUGCUUUGGUAGCCCAGAAACAGUUGUGAAAUGUAGGUGCCAGGUGAGAAAAGAAAAAAGCCCUCAAAAACUUUACUAGACCAUUCUAUAAAACAAAAGUAGUGUGGUAGAAAACAAACAGGAUUGAAAGGAUCCAGGAAAACAGAAAGGAGAGCGAAUACAUAGAGGGAAUUGUUUAGGACAGGGAUGGCCAACAGUAGCUCUCCAGAUGUUUUUUGCCUACAACUCCUAUCAGCCCCAGCCAUCAGCCAUGCUGGCUGGGGCUGAUGGGAGUUGUAGGCAAAAAAACAUCUGGAGAGCUACAGUUGGCCACCCCUGGUUUAGGAGAAGGGUCUAUAAAUUUAAUAGAUGAUUCCUCUCCUCUCCUCUCCUCUCCUCUCCUCUCCUCUCCUCUCCUCUCCUCUCUCUUUGAUCACAAUUUUAAACACUUAUCAGUGAAUGUGAAUGGACUGAAUAGUCCUAUAAAAAGAAGAAAGAAUUAAGAACUUAAGAGAAGCUAUGUUAAAUCAGGCCAAUGGCCCAUCCAUUCCAACACUGGGUGUCAUACAGUGUAAUACAGUGGCCAAAACAAUUAUAUUAUAUAGUAUUAUAUUAUAUAAAAAUAUAUAUUUAAUAAGAAGGUAGACAUUUUGUUUAUGCGAGAUUCAUGUCAAAAUGGAACAUGAGAGACUCCAUCCACAUUUAGUGAAGCAUCUUCAAAUCAAACAUGUUUUACUUGUAGCACUAAAAUACCAAUUUGAAUUGAACAGCAAUUAAAGACCCAGAAAGAAAAUACUUGCUUGUUAAAGGAAGACUGAAAUGCCUUAACAUUUGUCUCACUAUAUGGUCUCAAUUAAGGUCUAAAAUGCCCCUUAAAGUGAAUUAUAGAAUUGCUAGACAAUUGGGCAGAUUGGAAGAUUCCUUGCAGGGGAUUUUAAUGAUAUGUUGAUAUUACUUCUGAUACUUUGAAGAUACUUCUGAAAAAUGUUAUGGGGAGAAUAAAUGAGUAAAGGAAAUAG